UUGGAAAAUUGGUGGGGAUCCUGAAAGGGAAGCGGGCGCUGUGAUUGUCUCGGGGUGAUGGACGUGGGUGAUGCUGCGCGAGGGGAGCUGCAAGCGACCCCGGAGGAGAGGCAGCCGCCGCCGCACUUGCAAGAGCCGCCGGAGGAAGAACAUGAGAAGCAGCAAGAGGAAUUGGAGAAAUACCGGACGCUCCUCUGCUCCGAAUUCGCCUCUAUCAGCGGCAGCGACGUCGCGGUGGCGCAGUGCUUCUUGGCAGAGAACGGCUGGGAUUUGCAGACAGCACUGAAUUCUUACUUCGACCCGCCUCUUCAGGAGGAAGACAUGGACGCGGUGGACCAGCCUCUGCCUACAACGGAGCCAGUUGUUGACCUGACUGACGAUUCAGCUAGCAGUAGCACAGCAGCUGCUGUGGGCCUCAAGCCGCAUCUCCCACGAGAAGAUGAUAGCUCAUUUUCUUUAAUCACCUGGAAUAUAGAUGGUCUAGAUGAGAAAAACCUUCCAGAAAGACUGCGAGGAGUCUGCUCCUAUCUAGCUUUGUACAGCCCAGAUGUGGUAUUUUUACAGGAGGUUAUUCCUCCAACUUUGAGCUAUCUGCAGAAGAGAGCAGUCAGUUAUACAAUUAUUCCAGGUAAUACAUGUGUAUCUCCCUAUCCAGAUGAUUAUUUUACUGCCAUAAUGUUAAAAAAAUCGAGAGUAAAAGUUUUAAAGCAUGAAAUAAUGCCUUUCCCUCAAACCGUCAUGAAGAGAAAUUUAUUAACAGUACACGCAAAUGUCUCUGGCAAUGAGCUCUGCCUUAUGACUUCCCAUCUGGAGAGCACGAAGAAGUUCAGUGAAUCACGCUUAAUGCAGCUAAAACUAGUCCUUGCAAAAAUGACAGAGGUACCAGAGUCCAUGACUGUGAUCUUUGGAGGAGAUACAAAUCUGAGAAUCAAAGAGGUUGACAAACUAGGUGGCUUACCUAACAAUGUUCAGGAUAUUUGGGAGUUUUUGGGCAAGCCGAAACAUUGCCACUACACCUGGGAUACAAGCCAAAACACUAACUUGAACGCACGGUACAAGUGCAAAAUGCGGUUUGAUCGCCUGUUCCUUCGAGCUGCUUCAACUGGAGGACAAAUUCUUCCUCGGAGUUUGGAUUUAAUUGGCCUGGAAAAACUAGACUGUGGCAGAUUUCCUAGCGAUCACUGGGGUCUUCUGUGUAAUUUUGAUGUGGUACUAUAAGAAAAAAAAUACAUGUUUAAGGACUGCACAUUGCUUUUAAAGUAACUAUGCUAACUAUUCCUGGGUGUUUUUUUUCUCCGCAUCUUGCUAAAUUUAAAACCAAUUAUAGAUUUUGUUCAGGUUCACAAUCCCAUGAGAGAAUUCACUUGUUCAGUUGUUCCUGGAAUUCAUACGUUGUAAAAAAGGGAAAACACCUGAUCGUAUACUCAUAUCUUCUUCUGUUUGUAUGCUCUCCAGGAAGAAAAUGUUUGAUUCCUAUGCAAAAUAAAUAGUCUGAAUUUUUAUAUAUUUCAUAUUAUUUCUCAAAAGUUAGAACAGACUUGUUUGAUAAUCUUAAAAUAAUGUUUUACUUAAAUAAUAUUGCACUUAAU